AUGCUACAAAGAAUACAGGAUGGGAGAAACCUGCGGGCUAAACUUGUAUACGAGAUCAACUACAAAACAACGUGCUGCUGCUAUUGCACCAGCAUCGCCACGAAAGAACGACGUAUGGCGAAAAUGUCUGCAGAUGUUGCCAGAUGGCGUCAACAGCGUGUCUACCCUGCAACGACCGAAAAAACCCAACUGCAGAUACUAGCGUUGAAGCAAAUUAUUUCCAGAAUUACUACGCAACACAAUCCUGAGAUUCGAAGAUCGAGAGCCGACUUUUGCGUACCACUUGAACCCUGCGUAUCCGAGUUGCCAAACGACUGGCCAAGUAAGACACAAGCAAUUGGUGUGAGCAAUAGGCAUAUGGCCUUCGACGGCGCCCACGACAAACCUGCACAUAUGGUAAAGUACGGAUGUUUAGAGUGA